AAACGUUGUCAUCAACAACAAUGAAAAAAGAGACAAAAAACAAAAAUUCGCAGCAGUUGUAAACACAAUCCAAACUGAUAACGAUGGUGACAAUACUGGUAAUGACAGUGGUGAUGAUACUGUUGAUGAGAACGAGAACAACAAUAUUAUUAAUAUUGAAAAUGAUAAUAAUCAUGAUGAACAAUAA